GGUAACCAGGACUUUUCACCGAGCACCUCUCUCCCUCUCUGUCUCUGUUCCCUUUUGUGGACGGAGAGAAGUGUGUGGACUGUGUCAUUGCAUAAACAUAAACACAUGUUAAAUAGUAAAACAAAAAUGUCAGUGAAGGGUAGAGUAGGAGUUGGAGGAGGAGAGAUGGGUUCAAGGAAUGCAGUGGUGUCAAGGAAUCUGGCUCUUUUGCUUUGUUUUGGCAGCUUCUCUGCUGGGAUAUUAUUCACUAACAGGAUUUGGACAGAGCCUGAAAGAACAAAUUUAGAAUCCAAGAAUUGUAAUCAGAAGCUUUUUGCUUCAAUCUUUUGCCACUAUCAGAAGGUUGAAAAUCAUACAUCCAUUAACAGUCUAGGGCAAAUUUCAAAUACUCGGUAUGAUAUCAGUGCCUUAGAUAGUAAAAUUUCAAAUAUAGAGAUGAAACUAGCAGCUGCUAAGGCAGAGCAGCAAUCUUUGUUAAGAGGCGAUGCUGCAUCAGGAAACUCGAGAAGAAAAUACUUUAUGGUAAUUGGAAUCAAUACAGCUUUUAGCAGUCGGAAACGGAGGGAUUCUGUUCGUACAACUUGGAUGCCACAAGGUGAGGCAAGAAAGAAAUUGGAGAAGGAGAAGGGUAUAGUCAUACGCUUUGUUAUAGGUCACAGUUCAACUGCUGGUGGCAUUCUUGACAAAGCUAUUGAACCAGAGGAAAUGGUGCACGGAGAUUUUUUGAGACUGGAACAUGUUGAGGGCUACCUGGAACUAUCAGCCAAGACAAACUUUAGUACUGCUGUUGCUUUGUGGGAUGCGGACUUUUAUAUCAAAGUUGACGAUGAUGUUCAUGUGAAUUUAGCAACAUUGGGCACAAUCUUAGCUGGACACCGAAAGAAACGUCGGGUUUAUGUCGGUUGUAUGAAGUCUGGUCCUGUACUUUCUAAAAGGGGAGUGAAAUAUUACGAACCAGAGUAUUGGAAAUUCGGAGAAGCUGGAAACAAGUAUUUCCGACAUGCUACUGGACAACUUUAUGCUAUAUCAAAGGAUUUGGCUACCUAUAUAUCUGAAAACCAGCACAUAUUGCAUAAAUAUGUCAAUGAAGAUGUUUCUCUGGGAUCUUGGUUUAUCGGUUUAGAUGUGGAGCACGUUGAUGAUAAGAGAAUCUGUUGUGGUACUCCACCAGAUUGUGAGUGGAAGGCACAGCUUGGCAGUGUCUGUGCUGCUUCAUUUGAUUGGAAAUGUAGCGGGAUUUGCAGGUCCGUGGAGAGAAUGGUGGAAGUUCACAGGACAUGUGGUGAAGAUGUAAAUGCUCUAGAGCAUGCAAGCUUCUGAGAGAUCAGAUACCAUCCCUCCAAACUCAGAAAGGACAACAUGGGGAAGUAAGUUGUAGAGCUGUGUGUAAUAUACUAGUAGAAAUUAUAGAGUUACAGUCAAAGAGAAUAGAGAUCCUUGCUGCUGCACGGGCCCUUAUCCAUAGGAGGCCAGCCCUAGAUGGUGGUAAGACAGUAAAAGGAGAGGCUGUAACAAACUAACUUCCAUUCUUUGAAUGGUUGGAGGACUGUUUAGUUGGUUCUCUGCCAUGACUGCUAAUAGCAAACAAUAAGUUAGAAUAAUCUUUAUGAUGGACAACUUUUGCUUUAUGGAUCAAUACAAUAUACAACAGAGUAAAAAAUCCUUGUUGAGUUUUUCCUUCA